AAAUAAAUGGCUUUGCUCGGAGACGACGGCCGCGGCUACGAGCUGGCCUGCAAGCUCGAGUCCUGCAACGUAUGGCGAACCUGGCUCGGCGACUCUGCCUACUCCACCUUCGUCCACUUCCUCACCUCCCCUUCCUCCUGGGAGUCCUUCAUGCGUUCCGACCCCUCCAAAUCUAGGGCUCAGAUCCUCCUCCAACUCCGCGCCCGCGCUCUCCUCUUCGACAAGGCCGCCGCCUCCCUCUUCCUCCGCCCCGACUCCACUUCCUCUUCCGUCUCCAACCUCAGUCCCAACUAUUUGCAGUUGCAUGAUGAUGACGUGUACUCCACUCUCGAGAGUUCUGAAGGAGUUCAGGCUCAACAACAGCGUGACGCCUCCAAGAUUCAAUCAAAAGCAAGGUUUGGUUUUGGAUUGAGAUAUGGAGAUUCUGAAAUUGAAAAUAAGGCAGCGAGAUUUAAAAUUGAAGAGCUGCCUGAGACCUGGUAUGAUCAGGUUGAUGAAAGACAUCGAGUUAGCAAAAUGCAUAGGUUGUCAUCUGCAGAACGAGAAUCAGAGAAACGUACUCCAGAGGAGAUGUCUGCUUAUCUUAAGCUUGCCGCGAAGCAUAAGAAGAGGUGUUUAGCAUUUAAAGAAGACUAUCAUGUGGGAUAUGGAAACCCUCAACUAGAAAAUGCAUCACAGAAUUCACAUUCUCUUAUAGACGGUAGUAGUUCAGUUGAUCAUGAUGCACCGUUUUUCCCAGAAAUGAUGUUUACGUUCAAUUGUGUUCCUGAGAGUGCACUUCCACAUAUGAAUAGAGAGCAAGACGACCCAAAGAUUGAAUUUUAUGGAGUUCUUGACAUGUUGCCACAGGUAAUGACUAGGAGUCCUGUUAUGCUUGAGAGGCUUGGUAUAAGACCUGAAUACCUUAGCAUGGAUCAAGGAGGAAGCUUACAUCGUGGUAACAAUGAGGCUGCAGGGGACAAAAGUUGUCUCACUCAUGAGCAAGCGGUGCAGUUAUCUCAAAAGGUUAUAGCCCGGAUACUGACAAAUGUAGGAUUUGAAGGUUCCUCCGAAGUUCCAAUUGAAGUUUUCUCUCAGUUGCUAAGUUGUCAUAUCCGUAAAUUGGGUAGCAGCUUGAAAGUUCUUACUGAUAGUUACAGAAAGCAGUUUUCAGCAAUUGAACUAUUGAAGAUGUUCCUUCAAACAGUGGGAUAUAGUAAUUUUGGCCUCUUAGCUGAUCAAAUAAAGGAUGGCUCCCGGAGUUUUCAUCAACAAAAUCAGCAGCAAAUUCAUGGAAUGCAGCCACAGCACCAGAACCCUAUUAGGCUACCCCAACAAAUAUUGAGACAGAUGCAUCCAAUGCAGCAAAUGCAGCAGAUUCAGCAAAUACAGCAAUUGGCACAAUCCAAAAAUUUGUCGUUUCAGCAACAGCAACAGUUAGAAAGAAUGCGAAGACGUCAACAAUCCACGCCUCGUGCAGGCAUGGACAUGGUACAAGACAGACCAAUGGUCCAGGUCAAGAUUGAAGCUCCAUCAGAGUCAUCCAUGGAUAGUAAUGCCUUCAACAGUUUCAAUAACAGACAUCCACAAAUGCAGUUCAGGCAGCAGCAAAUUCCUGCAAUGUCGAAUCCUACAAUGCAAAAUGUCCCUGCUCAGUCAGGGAAUCAGUUUAGACAGACGUCUGCUUCAGAACUUGCACAAAUUCAAUCACAAACUCUCAUGUGUGCAGGAACGCCAGUGUUCUUAGGGCUCGACCAGUGAAAGUUGAAGGUUUCCAGGAAUUAAUGGGUGGAGAUGCUUCUUCGAGACAUGAUUCAGAUGAAAAUAGGCUGACCUCCCCAAAAUAGCUCCCCCUCAUCAAGUAAAUAACUUGGCAGCACUCGAAGAGUCAGUAUACACUCCACAUUUGUUCAUGCUACCUGUUAUAACCUUCCUAUCCAUGUGUUACAUAUGUUGUAAAAGCAUGUUCACUCUGUAUACUAACUCAUGCUUCUGUCAUGAUAGUUUUACAACAGCAAGGAACUUCUUAAAAAGUGUUCAACUUAUUUGUUGGAUUAGUAAAAUGACUGAUAAAUUAACCAGAAAUGA